AGCAGGAAGACCAAAAAUUACAGGAAAGGUGUCCGGUGCCCAAAACCAUCAGCCAAUCAUAUAGCGACUUGUGUAAUUCCUCAAGAUUCAUUCUUAUUAUUCCUGAAUUCCUUCUUCUUCUUCUGCUGCUGCUGAGGCAAAAUAAAAGUUUCCUCAAACGAUAUAACUCGAGAGUAGUAGUAGUCUUCUCUCUCUCGUCUUUCGAUCAAUCUCCUUUGUUGUUUGAGUUUAUCCAAGGGGGGAAGAUGCAAGGAGGUGGUGGUGGUAGAGAUCCUUUUGGUGGAUUUGGUUUUGGAGGAGGCUCUUUUGGUGGUCUUAAUAAUGGUCCUCCUCAAAAUCUCAUGUCCAGUUUUUUCGGUGGAAGAGAUCCGUUUGAUGAUCCUUUCUUCACCCAGCCUUUUGGUGGUGGCGGCGGCGGCAUGUUUCACUCCAAUUUCUUUGGAGGUUCCAGCAUGAAUCCUUUUCCAGAAAUGCGUCCUCCACCCGGUUUUAUUGAUCAGCCACCAGGACCAAGUCGAUCAUCAGCACGUGGACCGAUUAUUGAAGAGAUUGAUUCUGAUGAUGAUGAGAAGGAAGAAGAAGAAGAAGAAGAAGAAAAAGGGAAAGAGAAGAAGAGAGGGAGUCUUGGCAAACAUGGCCGGUCCAGCAGUGAGGCUGAUACUGAAUAUGCUAGAGUAGAAGCGGAAGAGAGAAGGAACAGAGAGUUGCUAUACAUGAAUGCAAAUCCGGAGAGAAGGAACUCACAGCAAAUGCAGAACAUGAAUGUUAGUGGUAUGGUGAACAAUGGACUAUGGCAACCACAAACCCGUAGUUAUAGUUUCCACAGCUCCUCUGUUACUUACGGUGGUCAGAACGGUAACUACUACACUUCUUCCAAGACCAGACGGACUGGAAGUGAUGGGUUAACUCUUGAAGAAAGCAGAGAGGCCAACACUGCAACGCGGGAAGCUGCACACAGGAUCUCGAGAGGCCUUCAUAACAAGGGCCACACAGUUGCUCGUAAACUUAGCUCAGAUGGUCGUGUUGAUACAACGCAGACCUUGCACAAUUUAAACGAAGAUGAAUUGGCUGACUUUGAGCAGUCUUGGAGUGGAAAUGCCAGAAGGCAAAUGCAGUUACCUGGUCGGUCUGGUUCCUUUGGCAGCGGUCUUGUAAACAGAGAGCAACCAGUGUUGCUUCCCUCGACUGAUCCAAGUCCUUCUCAUGCACGAUCAGAACCAUCAAGAAGAACAAAAGGUGCAAUGAAUCUAAGAGGACAUGGCAGAAACUAAUCUUGGACCACAUGUCCGGUUUCUAAAAAGGCUUUAGGGCAUGCGACCAGAGACUAUUUACUGUACUUUGGUUGCAAUAUUACUGUAACUUGUAUGAUGACAUGAUAUGAGGGUUUUAACUACUGCUUCUUGAUGAUAAUUAUCUAUGUAUCUUUUGUUACAUUUAUCAGUUCUAGUUACCUAUAAUUAGAUAAA